CAGGCCAUUUACUCCACCUUUCCCAGUCUCUAGAGACAGCUCAGCACCAGCAGGAGCAGCAUGUUUUGCUCAGCUCAGAGAGGCUCCUGCUCCUCCCGAGUCUCCUCUUCCUCGGGGGCUACGGGCAGCAGGGUGUGCUCAGGUGGAAGCCCCUUCAGCAGUGGAGGCAGCUGUGGGCUGGGAGGAGGUUCUUCCUGGGGCUUCCAGGGAAGCAGUGGCAGCUGUGGGCUGGGCGGAGGCUUAGGGAGCGGCAUUGGAGGGGGCUUUGGUAGCUGCGCAGUAAAGGGUGGGUUUGGAGCAGUCUCUGGCUUUGGUGGAAGUUCUGGAUUUAGUGGGGGCUCUGGCUUUGGUGGGGGCUCUGGCUUUGGUGGGGGUUCUGGCUUUGGUGGGGGCUCUGGCUUUGGUGGGGGUUCUGGCUUUGGUGGGGGUUCUGGCUUUGGUGGGGGCUCUGGCUUUGGUGGGGGUUCUGGCUUUGGUGGGGCCUCAAGCUUUGGUGGGGGUUCUAGUGGAGGCUUCUCUAGCUAUGGAGGUAGUAUGGGAGGUGGCCUUGGUGGUGUCAGUGGCAGUGAUGGGGGCCUUCUCUCUGGAAGUGAAAAGCAAACCAUGCAGAACCUCAAUGACCGUCUGGCCAGCUACCUGGACAAAGUGCGAGCCCUGGAGGAGGCCAACACUGACCUGGAGACGAAAAUCAAGGAGUGGUAUGGCAAGCACGGGUCUGGAAAAGGGGAAGCUGGGAGAGACUACAGCAGAUACUGGCCAGUCAUAGAAGAUCUGAAGAACCAGAUCAUUGCAGCCACCAUUGAAAAUGCCAGGAUGGCUCUGCAGAUCGACAAUGCUAGACUGGCUGCGGAUGACUUCAGGAUGAAGUAUGAGCAUGAAAUGCACCUCCGGGAGUGUGUAGAGGCCGACAUCAACGGCCUGAGGAAAAUGCUGGAUGACCUUACCAUGACUCGGUCUGACUUGGAGAUGCAGAUUGAGAGUCUCACCGAGGAGCUGGUCCUCCUGAGGAAGAACCAUGAGGAGGAAAUGAAGUGCACGCAAGGAAGCUCUGGAGGAGACGUGACAGUAGAAAUGAAUGCUGCCCCAGGAACUGACCUGACCAAACUACUGAAUGACAUGAGGGCGCAAUAUGAGGCGCUGGCUGAGCAGAACCGCCAGGAAGCCGAGAAACAGUUCAACGAGAGGAGUGCAUCCCUGCAAGCCCAAAUCUCUACAGAUGCUGGGGCGGCCAACUCUGCCAAGAACGAGAUAACGGAACUGAGGCGCACCAUGCAAGCCUUGGAAAUUGAGCUUCAAUCCCAGCUGGCCCUGAAAUGCUCUCUGGAAGGGACCCUGGCUGACACAGAGGCUGGCUACAUGGCUCAGCUGUCUGGCAUCCAGACACAGAUUAGCAAUGUGGAGGAGCAGCUCGGCCAGAUUCGGGGUGAGACACAAUGCCAGAAUGCAGAGUAUGAAUGCCUGCUGAACAUCAAGACACGCCUGGAGGAGGAGAUCGAGACCUAUAGGCGCCUGCUCAGUGGAGAGGGAGGGGGAUCUGAUUAUCGAAACUUAGUAUCCAGCCAUUUGGUAUUGAGUGACUUGAGAUCCGGGAGCUGUUCUGGCCAAGGAAAAGAUCCCAGCAAGACAAGAGUGACGAAGACCAUCAUAGAGGAAGUGGUAGAUGGCAAAGUUGUCUCCUCCCAAGUCAGCAACAUUUCAGAAGUAAGAAUAAAAUAAGCAGUUUCCAGAUCAGCAGACGCAUCUGUCAAAGGAAACAAUGGAGCGGGGGAGCCAGUGAAGAACCACACCAGCCUGACCAUCGUGCGGACUCACUCCCGAGAAAACCUGCUGUCCAGAAUUAGCUGACCAGCCCAUUUCCUGCAUCCUCUUAUUUCCUUAUUAGAACAUUCUUUAAAAAGUAGAAGGGAGAAAUCAGCUCUGGCUGACUCUGCAUUUCAAUAAACUUA